AUGGCCGGAAAAAAGGCUUUGUUGUUGCACGAAAAGGAAGCUAUUUGGGCAAAGCGUUCCUGGCGUUCUAUCGCGGUUUUUUGGUCCCCACAACAAAGAAAGCCCACAGCAACAGAAGACUUUAUCCUUAUCGACGAGCCUUAUGGCACCCACGUGCGACCUCCCUUCGACUCCAGCGAAGCCAUUUGCGACCCGUUAGCGGGGUUCCCUACCCCCGAGCCCUGUAACGCACGUGCCGAAGGUUUGAGCAAAAGGCCCCUUUAGGGCACGUGCAGCCUGUGGACGCACAGGUUAUAGGGCAAGCAAAAAAAUAAGGACCUCGGGCCAAAAUAAAUCCGACCGGCUAUCGGAAUAGUAGCGCCGGGGUUGCGGCGAGGGAUAAAGGUACCGAUAGCGACGAAAGCAACUCCGAUAACAAAGUCGGCCGAUAAAAUGAUGGCACCAAUUAAAGAAAAAGGAAAGGACCGCCUUCGAGGGGGCGCGCCUGGCCCGGAAAACAAAGGGAACACGCCCUGGCUGGAAAAGACCCGGAUCGUAGUGUGCUACCUGGGAUCGUAGCGCGUGGGUUGUGGCGCGCCUCCUAUGCACGCUCGUGUUCGUGCCUUUCUAAUUACUAAUGUGACUCUAUGUGCAGGAU